GCAUAGCAAACCCUCACAGGGCAGCAGAUCAGAUGGAUGCAACGAGAAUCAGCCUUUUACUGCUUCUGCCAUGUUUUGCAUGCUUUUUGGAUGGCGAAGAGACUGUUGUGAAAACUGUUGGAAAAGAACCAGAUUCCACUCCAAUCUGCACCAACGAAACCUCAAACAUCAUCAUGAUGAUAGCAUGUAAGAUCAGAACAGAUAGGAGCAGCAGCGAGGAGUGCAGUCUGCUGUACAGGGAUGGAGGCGACUUUGUUCAUGAGUGUGACUCCAGGUUCAGCCUUAAAAAAUGGAAUGACACCGUGUUUCUGCACCUGACCAGUUUAACAGCAGCUGAUAGUGGGAACUACACCUGCGAAUGUGCAAAAUCUCAUGGAACAAAUAUCCUACAUCUCAGCAUCACAGUUGAAGAAGAUGUUUGGAGCGGUUUUACUCUUCCUUCUGCUCUGACUGCUGCCGUUUUGGUGAUGAUCUUACUUGUGGGUAUUCUAGCAUUUCUCCAGAGAAAAUUUUACCAUCGAGAGCAACCAGAAUCAUGUAGCCAUCAUUCAAAUGAGGAUUUUGCUGAAAUUGAGCCGUACAGCAUUUAUACUCAGAAAGAAAAUGGAUUUUAUUCAACAGCUUUUUUACAAAUCUAUGAAAAUGAUUCCGACAACGAAAAUAUGCCCACUUGA